AUGGCCAACAGGACAGAAGAAGAGGCAAAAGUGCUUUUCGCUCCCCUGCAGGGAACAGACAAGGUUUCUCCCCAGGGCUGGACGGGGUUUUUCUGUGGGGCAGCCAUGGGGCCUGGCCUGAUCCUGCUGGAGGCGCUGCUGGUGCUGAUGGGGCUAUCCCUGGUCCCUGGGGCAGAGAGGAGGCUCAAGACCCCCGGGCUGGAAGGGGCUUUCUGGGGGGCAGCCAUGGGGCCUGGCCUGGCCCUGAUACUUUUGCUGCAUCUGAUGGUACUGCUGGGUCCCUCCCUGGUCAGUGGGACAGAAAGGAGGCUCAAGACCCCUGCCGCCCGUUUCCUGGCCCAGCGCAAGCCCGAGUGCCGCCACGCCAACGGGACUCGGGGCGAGGUGCGCUACCUCUUCCGCGACUUCUACGACCGGCAGGAGAUCGCGCGCUUCGACAGCCGCGGCGGGCUCUACCAGGCCGUCUCCCCGCUCUGCCUGGCCGACGAGCGCGACUACAACCGCGACCCCCAGGCCCUGGAGUACGCGCGGGCCUCCGUGGAGAGCUACUGCCGCCACAACUGCGAGGUGGCCACGGCGAGCCAGAUGGUCGGCAGGAAAGUUCAGCCCCUGGUGAAGAUCUCCCCCACCAAGGCCGAGCCCCUGUCCCACCACACCCUCCUGAUCUGCACCGCGACGGGUUAUUAUCCCUCAGAAAUUAAAAUCAAGUGGCUGAAGAACGGGCAGGAGCAGACGGAGGGGGUGGGGUACGCGGAGGAGCUCCAGAACGGAGACUGGACCUUCCAGAACCAGGUGAUGCUGGAGACGGUACCUGAGCAGGGAGACGUCUACGUCUGCCAGGUGGAGCACUGGAGCCGGGAGGAGCCGAUCACUGUGCAUUGGGAGCCACAGACCUCGGACUCUGCCAAGAGCAAAGUGUGGACGGGGGUCGUGGGGGCCGUGCUGGGGGUGGUCUUUGUGGCCGUGGGACUCGCCCUCUACCUGAAGAGCGGGAAAGGUAAUAGGGACCCCCCCCCACCUGGCAUCCUUGGUCCUGCAGGGAUCCCAGUUGGUUCUGCUCUCCAGACUGGGAGAAUUUGCACCUGA